GGGGAGAAGGUGAGGGGACCGGGCGGGCGGCUCGGCACAGGCCGCGAAAUGAGCGCCCGCAAAGCCGCGUGGGAGCGGCCCCCUGAUCGAAGGACCGAGAGCGCCUCGUGAUCGCUGGAGCUGGCCCCGCGACCCCAGCCAUGGGCCAGACCUCGGUCUCCACGCUGUCCCCGCAGCCCGGCAGCGUUGACGGACUGGACAAAGCUUCUAUAGCAAAUUCAGAUGGCCCCACAGCAGGUUCCCAAACACCUCCAUUCAAGAGAAAGGGGAAACUAUCCACCAUCGGUAAAAUCUUCAAGCCUUGGAAAUGGAGGAAAAAGAAGACCAGCGACAAAUUUAGAGAAACUUCAGCAGUAUUAGAAAGGAAGAUAUCUACAAGACAAAGUAGAGAGGAGCUGAUAAGAAGGGGAGUUCUUAAGGAAUUGCCUGACCAAGAUGGAGAUGUAACAGUUAACUUUGAAAAUUCAAACGGGCACAUGAUACCCAUCGGAGAGGAAUCUACCCAAGAGGAAAAUGUAGGAAAGUCUGAAGAAGGUAAUGGCUCUGUAUCUGAAAAAACAACACCUCUGGAGGAAAAGUCAGAAGAUAAGAAAGAGAACACUGAAAACCACUCUGAAACUCCGGCAGCUCCUGCUCUACUUCCUCCAGCUCCUCCUAAGCCUAAACCCAAACCUAAACCCAAAAAAACACCUGUACCUCCAAAAGGGGCCACUGCUGGGGCCAGCCACAAAGGUGACGAAGUGCCUCUCAUUAAAAAAAAUGCCAAGGCUCCUGGUAAGCAGGCCCCUGUCCCUCCACCCAAGCCAACAAGCCGAAACACGACCCGAGAGGCUGCUGGUUCCUCUCAUUCUAAAAAACCAAGUGGCUCCAAAGCGUCGACUUCACCAUCUACUUCAUCCACCUCAUCUCGUCCCAGAGGUUCCAAGGAGGCAGUUGCUAGCAAAAUGGGGACAGCGGGGACUAUAAAGGGCAAGAAAAAAACUGGCAAGCAGUCAACGACAUCUCGACUCUCCUCAGAAACCACCACUUCUGGUACAUCUGACCUCACAGGAGAGCCUCCAGAGACCAGAGUGGAGAGUCUCAAACCCAAACAGACUGUCCCCGGGGCAGAGGAGCAGACCACAAGCAAGUCCAAGUCCUUAGUCCCUGCUCCCCCCAUGGCUCCACCACCUUCCCCCCCAGCCCCUUCUCUUCCUCUUGAAGAUCAAUGCGUUGUUGCUUCAGACACUCCAGUUGUCCUGGUCAGCAAUGGAGCUGACUUGCCCAUGUCUGCCUUAGACCCAAGUCCAUUCCUUUGGACUGAAGAGACGACGUGCAGCACCAUGCUUCCCUCAGGCACUGGCUUAAAUGCUAGCAGAGAAAAUGCAAAAUGCUUCACAACCAAAGAUGAGCUGGGGAAGGCAGCACCUCAGCUGCUCUCCCCGGGGCUGAUGGGAGACUCUUCAGAGUCCUUCAGUGCCCCAGAGGACGAGGGCCUGAGGGAGUACCAGGCCAACGACUCUGACUCCGAUGGACCCAUCUUGUACACUGAUGACGAUGAGGAAGAGGAUGAGGAUGAGGACGGCAGUGGAGAAAGUGCUUUGGCAAGUAAAAUACGACGAAGGGAUACUCUUGCUAUCAAACUUGGCAACAGACCAUCCAAGAAAGAGUUAGAGGACAAAAACAUCUUGCAACGCACAUCUGAGGAAGAGAGGCAGGAAAUCCGACAGCAAAUUGGAACCAAGCUUGUCAGGAGACUCAGCCAGAGACCCACAACUGAAGAAUUAGAGCAAAGAAAUAUAUUGAAACAAAAGAAUGAAGAGGAAGAACAAGAAGCAAAAAUGGAACUUAAACGCAGACUCAGCAGAAAGCUCAGCCUGAGACCCACAGUAGCAGAGCUCCAAGCUCGAAGGAUCCUACGGUUUAAUGAGUAUGUGGAAGUCACUGAUUCUCCCGACUACGACCGCCGAGCAGACAAGCCCUGGGCCAGGUUAACACCUGCAGACAAGGCAGCAAUAAGGAAAGAACUAAAUGAAUUUAAAAGCACAGAAAUGGAAGUUCACGAAGAGAGUCGACAGUUUACAAGGUUUCAUCGUCCAUAGUGAAGUGCAAGACUAUUUGAGAAUGUGGACUGAUCAUCUUUAGGGGAAGCUCUGCUUCCUGAAAACCUGAUGUUGCACUGGGAUUUGAAUGUGUGUGUUUCCGUUUAACUUGGGGUGAAGGCAGCAUGUGACUCGGCCUUGUUCGAAAGUGCUCCUCACCUGUACAGCGCAGAUGGGGCCAACAAGCCAAGAGAAAUAUGCUGUGACUCUUGCCUCCCAGAAUGUGUAUUGGUGGUAAGGGACACCAGUUAUUCUUCAUCAGGAGUUGUAGUCAAAGAUGAGCAGAAGACAAUCGCUGGCUCCCUAUUACCUGAAAGCCGAAUUGUAUAGUGCAGGGUAAAGAAAAAUGGUGAUUGGAAUUGCUGGGCAUGGGAAAGGGGUGGGAGUUGAAAAUUGGAAAGAAAGAGAAAUAUUUCAUUAUGUUAAUGAAGAAAAGAGAAAAUGGAAGCAUAAAUAUAUUUUUGAAGAGGGCAUUUGGUAGCUGAAAACUUAUUAAGGGAUUUGGGAAUCUAGUCACCCAACGAGGAUUCCUUGACUUAAUUCUGAAAAAAUACUCUUGUUUCACCAUUAAGCUGAUACAGUAUAGUACCAUUAUUUUAUGUUGUGCCAGUGAAUCCAGUUGCCAGAAAUACGUCUGAAUGUUUUCGUGCAUCUUUUUCUUAAACGCAAGAGGCUUCUAUGGACUCUUGAUGAGCAUGCUUGCCCAAAUUUUGUUGCAUGCCUUAAGUAGCAUAGCUAUACACACUUGACAUUUUUUAUACUCUUUUCUUAGUGUAUCAACCUUCCACAGGGUAACAGGACUGGGAAUAAAGUCAGAUGUAAUGUGACCCUUUAAAACUAUAACAGGCUUUAGAAAUAAACCUUUUGGCCUUUCCCUGUCUUGAUUAUCUCCGAAGUCAGAGCAAUUGUACUUGACGUAAAGGUGAUAGUAUUGACAAUCAUGACACCUGGUUUCAAACCUGACUCCAAAGUUAAGUGAGAUACAUGUGUUCUGCCUGCAGUUAGUUCUCAGUGGGAAUGCAAAGGGCCAGUUAUUUUUCAGUGCUGCAUAGCAAAAGUUGGGUUGCUGCUAUUAAAAACAAAAAAAAAGCACGUGGUUUUAAAAAAUACUCAUCCAAAGGCUUAAAAGAACACAGCAAACUUCUGCUAAGUCAUGUUUGAGAAAAACCUUGUCUUAUAUUUUAAAAAUCUGCAGCUUGCAUCCAUACAUAUAGUAUUUACUUUCAAUGCAAAAGCAUCAGUGAGAUUGAAGUCAUGGAUAGUUCCCUGUGAACUUAUAGUCAGCAUUGUUUACAUUAAGAAACCAUCUAUUGUUGUAUUGUUAUUUUCCAUGGAGUAACAGGCACAGUAUGACUUCUGCUCCCAAAUUCAUAUGUCCAUUUUUAAAUAAUACCUGGCAUUUAAUUGUUUUUUUUUCAUGAUUUUUGUGCCUCUUUUACUAAAAACACAUGAAAAAUAUAAAAAGAAGAUAAGUUUUAAAUAGAUUUUAUUUUAUUCUGAAUGCUUGGACUAGAAUUUUUUGCAGUGUUUCUGGUCCAUAAUAAUGUAUUUCCAAUUUCAACCCAAAAGUGGGCAUUUAAUCUGAUGAAUAAAUGUAGAUUCUGCUACUCAUUAAUAUUUUGUAGAACUACUUAAAUUGGAUGAUGAAAAGUUGGUCUAUUAUAAAAAGUUAGGACCAUUUUAUAACUAAGAAAGUAAUCAGCAUCACACCUCUGUUGCACCCAGCCUUGUGCAUUCUUCACUGUUGUUUCGCUAAUAGGAUAAGACAUAUUUUUGCUUUGAAAACCUUUUUCUAGCUGCCCAAGGGUCUCUCUGUGGCUGAGAUUUUAUAUGUUUAUAGUGUUUCAAACCAGCCACAAAAAUUAAAUUUGGCCUAAUUAUUUUUCCAAAAUCAUAUUUUUCCUUAUGCUAUUUUAUUAUCACUUUAGUGUAUUGGGAAAAAUGCCAAGAUAAAAAAAUUGGUUUUUUUUUUCAUUUUGUAUGCUUAUCAUCUUUGAACAUCUUUUAAAAAUUUCUAAUCACGAGGUCUUUACAUAAUGGUAAAUAUAAGACAUUAUCACUCAAGAUAUAUGUAGUAGAAAGUUUCUAUUUGGUUGAUAAAAUAUUUUCUUAUUAGUGGUGGAUAUGAUGCAAUUCUUUAUUCUCUAUAAUGAGAUAUACCCAGUACAAAAAUGAAAUGUUGAUACUUCAAAAGGUUUAUGUAAAAUGAAUUAAAAUAUUUUUAAAUCCAUGCAUAUGAGGGAUUCUCUAAAAAGAUCAUGGAAAUGCUUAGUAUGAAAUAUUCUGCAUGAACUUUUUAAAAAUUGGCUCCAAAUAAGGUCAUCUUUUAUUUUCCAUGAACUUUUUAAAGUCCCUUUGUAUACUGUUUCCUUGUAUAUAACGAGAAUGUCUGAUUUAUGAACUACCCACACUUUGUCUUCAAACUGAUUAAUAGGUUUAGAGAAAAAUUUCUGUUAAACAGAAGUUUAAAAGUAAAAAUCAAAAAAAUUAACUACUGCUAAUCUAAUAAUUAAGUAACUGGAACAAGUUACUUCAUUGUAACCACUUAUUUUGUUAAAAGUAAUCAUUAAAUAAAAACCUAUGGAAGGAAUUAAAGGAUUAUGAGCUUAGCUGUAUUUUGCAGAAUAGGGCUGUUUUAAUAGUUAAUUUUAAAAGGCAGAAACACUGCUUAUCCCCAGCAGUCCAUCCACGGGGCUCCUGCUUGGUGGCCCUAAAAGAAAGUAAAGGUGUAGACACCUUCCAUAUAAUUAUGCCUCUGCCCACUGCCCACAUUUCUUCAGUCCCACUGAUCAGCUUAUGUUCUACAAAGAAAACAAAUGUGUGUGGGAAUUGGAUUACUUUUGUUGUUGUUGUUGUAACACAAUUCCAGGUUUUUCACUAUUCAAAUUGUGACAUUAGGUGACAAAGAACAAGUGAGUGGGUUUUCCUGAGUCCCCAGGAGGUGAUUAAGGAAGAAAACAAACCCAUCUCCAGGAAGGUCCCACCCAGCAAAGAACUAGAAAGACCAUAAAAACUAAUUGACUAUUUCCAUCUCUUUCUUAAAUGGAGGGAGGAAACCACAUGAAUAUUAAGGUAGUAAGAAGUUGCUCAACGGGUUUUCUCAGCAUCUUCAGUCAGUCUGAAAAAUUAGUCUCUGGAGGUCAGCGUUAAUUUAAGACAGCUUGCCUAAUAACUCUGUGUAGGUAAAGCAUCUUGCAUUUUGUUCUGUUUCUGGUAAUUUCUCUUCAUGUUAAUUCCUUAAACUAUUUAACUGAAAACUAUAAUAUUCAGAGAAUCAUUUUUAGCAUUUGAACAGCUAUUUUAAAGGAAGGAAAAAGCAAUCAUAUCUGUCCCUCUGACUUACCAGAAAAACUGGCCUUCUGGUUUCGUCUUCAUAUCUUUUGUUAGCGUGAGUAUAGUCAUUUUUUCUGAUGUUAUUAAAUAUAUUCUGUUAGAAGAAAAUUCUGAAAUUUACGUAAAUAAAAAAAAAAUGAACACACCAUUCAAAAUUGCCACAUUUGAAAAUGAGAGCUGAGUCUAAAAUCUGUAACUUGGGUUUUACACUCUGCAAUUAAAUUCAGUGCUGCAUUGGCACAUUUAAAAAAAAAAAGUAAUAGCUCACACAUACAAGAGAAAAAAAAAAACUAUGUUGCUGCUACCUGUCCUGAUACGUAUCACAUUUACACUUAGUAGACAUUUUUAUUUACAUUUUUUAGAGUCAGACACAUACAACUUUGAAAAAUCAUACUGGAUUCACAACUGAAACAGGUGGUCUUAUCUACUGCAUCAUGGAAUUCCACACUUCAGUGGUGAUAAAUUUAUUUUUUUCCUUUCUUGCUCACAAAUUCCUUAGUCUGUUAUUAUUUUUAAGUGCUGCUUGCCACAAACUUCACAGAGGAAGAACACUUCCUCAGAGAUGAGAUGAAAUUAAACCAUCUUAAGAUACAUUAAUCUAUGUGGUUUUUCUCAGUGUGGAUAGGGCUGUUUUAACCUUCCUAAAUCCCAGCCAUAUUGAGGCUAUCAUUACUAGUGAAAGCACAAACUUUAAGAAUUCAUUUCUUCAGGUCGUUACAGUAUAAGUGCUAAGGAGCCACUUGGGUGCAGUUUAUCCACCAAAUUAUUCCUUAGCUUAGUGGUUAAUCUCACACUAUUGAAUAAUUUGCUCUGUACUCACUGUACUUAAAUUGUUUUACUGGGCAAAGCAGAUGAACUUCUAGAACUAAAAUAUGUCCUAGAGGGAAAAAGCAAUGACAAAAGUAAUCAUCAAAUUAAUAGGAACACGUUUCUGAGAGAAAGCUCAUCCCCAGAUAUUUUAAACCCAAGCUUCAAAGAGAAGCUUAAAACUGCUAUAAAAGCAGAUAGUGACCAAAAGGCGGUAGAGACGAUGGUAGACUACCCCCAGACCAUUCUCAUUUUCACUUUGCCUUUACAUUUUGUAAUCAAUUACCUUAAAGUCUGUCUAGAAACACAGGACACCAUUUGCACUUCUAGAAAGCAGCUGAGACAUAAAAACUUACCCUUCUUGAAGACCAGGUCAUCCCAAAUUAUGAACUCCCAUUGUAUGUGUUGAUUUCUGGCAAAGAAAUGGAGAACUGGUGGCAGCUAUUUCCAUCCAAAGCCAACUCUUAGAAACAGUCAUUUUUAGUUGUACUGGGAUUUGCUGCACACACACAAAAAAAGUCCCUUAGUUUAUCAAAUGGUGAGCACAGCUGCAUGUAUGAGCAAAGCACUGUUGAUCAAUGUUUCUCGGUGGGGUGCUGUUGGCAUUUGGAGCUAUGCAAUUCUUUGUUGUACAGAAAUGUCCCACGUAUUGCAAGAUGUUUAAUGUCCCAGGACCCUGCUGGCUAAAUGCCAGGAGGUUUCCCAGUCUCUGUAAAAACCCUUCCCCCAGGUUCAAAUGCCCUUACUUGGUGGGUGGUACCCCCUCACCUGAAUUCCACUGUCUCUUGCAGUUUGAGAACACAAAGGAAAAGGUGCCUGCUCCAAAACACUGUCUCUGCUGCCUUGUGUUUCCAUGGACCCUGGGCACUGUUUCUGCUUCUGUGAAGCUUUAUUUGCCAGUUCUUCAGGACAGAGGGUGCCAGGCAGCCUCGCCAGUUCUGGUGGUCAUAAUAACUUAACAUGGUCUCCAUGGGUACUUAAGGACAGAUUUUACAUGAAGCAGGCUUUUUUGUCUUUAUUUUUUGGCCUCACCAUUUCAUUACGGGCCUACACUAUUGGUCCUAAUCCCUGUCAACGUCAUAAGGAUUGCCGCAGGGGUUAAACACAAACACAACUGCUAACAUUCCACAUAGGCAAAGCACGUGGUCUUUGGGAGUCACCUUUCGCUUUCACCUGGUGACAUCUGUGUCCCAGGAAUUCCCAGAGAAUUAAUUGCAUGGUUAUCCUAUUAAUGAAGCAUUUAAUGCACAUACAAAGACUACAGUACCCCUUGUGUAAAUACAGUCAUGCAUUUCAACUUUUCUAAUAAGAUUUUGAAUCCUGCACUACGAAGGAAAUGUAGAUCAACUGUGGAUUGCAUGCAUGUCAUUCAUACUUCCUUGAUGGUCACCCACAAAGCAAGAUGUGCUUUACCUUGAUGAAAAAUUAAACUGUCCUAACCAGACAUGCUUAGUCUCUUUGUCCCUGUCUAUCACUAAAACUGAAAGUAAGGAGGUCUUAAAAUUAUUUGGAUAAAUUCUGGCUAGUGGAAAGAAAUUAAUGUAGCUACUAUAAUUUUUAAAAUACCAAAAAUUCUUAAGGUUUUUUUUGAGGCCCAGCAAAUCCGAGUCAAUAAAGGUGAUUAUAUUGUAAACUUUUAGAUGGUGCUGAAGAAUUAUUUUUAAAUAGCAGUAUUUUUUUUUUAAAGAGAAUAAAUUGAAAGGAGUACAUGAGGCAGAGUGCCACUCCACCCUCAGGUCAAUUUUAUGAUAUAAUGAUAAGAUGCCAAUAAUAUUUGUGCCACUUGCCAAGUUGGGGGGCUUUUCCCUUCCUGGAUACUUUUGUUAUUCUUUGGCUAUUUUGUUGUUGCCACUGCAGUGCUAACUAGCAUUUGGAAAUAAUCUGAACGAAUUGAGGGUCAAACCACUUUUAUUACUUAAAACACAGGCACUAAGUUUUCUUUUUCCUUUUUAAAUUUUCUGUGGCUUAGAAACAUGCCAGUGUGUUCAAACCAUUCUACACCAACUUCACAGAUUUCGUACCUGCUAGAAAUUCCAACUAGUCAUUUUUUUUCUUAUAUAAUAGUGAUUUUUAAUUAAUGGACUAAAUGUAUUCAUUUGUUACUUCAACCUUUGGAUAAAAUGAUAAGAAUGAUAUGCUGUGGUCAUUAUCAGACUGAUUGAAAGAUUCCUGAUUUCCAGUGAGCGAUGUAGUCCUACACAGGUAUAAUAUCUGUGAGUGUAAAUAACUGGAACUGUACAAUGACUAACAUGACAGUUUCUUUUUUUGCUCUUCAUCUGUACUGUAUGAUAUAUAGUAUGUGGGUAUAAUUAUCUACAAGUAUACACACAUAUGUAUAUGUAUUCCACUAUUAUAACCUGAAAAAAAGACUAUGUAUUACCUUUUUUAUUCCGUACUGGUGUUUGUGUUAUUUAAAAAGCAAAAUUAUGCUCUAUCUAGUGGUAUAAUAUAAUAGGAUACUUUGCUGUGCACAAUUCCAAGUGCCUUAGAACAUUGUUUAGCUUUCCUAAGUAUAUAGAACUGCAGAUAUGUAUAAAAUUGGGAAAAAUUACCUCAAUAAAAUUAUUGGGAAAUCCCCAG